AAUUCUACUUUAAGAUGUAACAACGAACCAUCAGUUUUUUUUUUUUUUUUAAAUAAUCAGUCUUGCCCGUCUAUCAACUUGCUGAGUGAUUCAUAAUAAACUGCACGUCCAUCAUAAUCGUAGUGGUAAAAGUUAGGUAGUGGGUGUGUGUAAUCUUAACAACAUAAUAGUUUUAAUAAAUGUCAAUACGAGGACGACGACGCCUUCUAUGGAUAGACGAAUCCUGUUGGCUACAGGACGAUGGCUGAAGGUGUGUGUGUUGAGGAGGACCCAGUGAAGCCUGAGCCGUUUGAAACAGUGCUCCUGCCCGUCAAGGAAGAGAUUGCGAGUGAAGACGAGGCUGACGGAGAGUGGACGGCGCCCUACGCUGAGACGGUGCUCGCUCCGGCCGAGACAGUCGACGAGAACAGGGUGAAGGUGAAGGAGGAUACCAUCGAAGACUCCCAUGCGAGCGAGCAGCUGCAAGAGGCAGCCUCGCUCACAGGUUGUUUGAAAAGAUAUGAAAAGCAUUGGACAGAUGAAGAAAGAACUCAAGAUGAGAAGUAUUCAUCUCAACAAUCGUGUAGCUCGUUUCAUCUUGUUCAAUUGAAAUCAUUGGGCCCGAGUUUGGAGGAAAAAGACCUUGAAGGAAAACAAGUAGUGAAUCUCAAGAAGUGUCCUUGUGUGGUUGCUAAAGAUAGCAGUGGUUCACAUACCGUUGAAAACAUUCUUCCGUGUUCUUUGCAAUUCACUCCUAAGGAUAAAAUUAAGGAAAGUUUAAAAACUUGCACUGCCAAGGAUCUAUUUACAUGUGCAUUUUGUUCUUCGGAGUACACUAAAAAGAGUCAAAUUAGGAGACACAUAAGAAUGCAUAUGGGUGCAGCGCUAUACUCAUGCUCACAGUGUCCGUCUAAGUUUAGAAUGAAAAGUAAUCUAAGCGCACACCUGAGCACGCACAGGGGUGAAAAGCCAUUCUCGUGUUCAUUUUGCUCUGCUAAGUUUAGUGUAAAGAGUAAUUUGAAUAGACACCGAUUAUUACACGGUGUUGAGAAGCCAUUCGUAUGUUCCAUAUGUUCUGCUGAGUUUAGUGCAAAGUGUAAUUUGAUUAGACACUUCACAUCACACACAAAUGAAAAAUCAUUCUCGUGUUCAUUAUGUUCUGUUAAGUUCACUAAAAAGAGUAAACUUAAUAAUCAUAUGAAAAUACACAAUGGUGAAAAGCCAUUUUCAUGUUCACGAUGCCCUGCUAAAUUUGCUUUUAAGGGUAAUCUGAAUGCACACUUCAAAACUCACACUGAUGAGAAACCAUUUCCAUGUUCUUUAUGCCCUGCUAAAUUUAGCUAUAUUAAUAGUUUAAAUAGACACUUCAGAUAUCACACAGGUGAAAGACCGUUCUCUUGUUUUUUAUGUUCUGCUUCGUUUACAUUGAAGAGAGCUCUUAGUAAACAUAUGAUAUCACACACUGGUGAGAAGCCAUUCUCAUGUUCACAAUGUUCUUCUAGUUUCACUUCUAAGAAUAAAUUGCAAGAACACUUGAGAACACACACAGGUGAGAAGCCGUUCACUUGUUCUUUAUGUUCUGCUAGGUUUAGUCAAAAGGGCAAUUUGAAUAGACACCUCAUCUCACACACUGGUGAGAAGGCAUUCUCACGUUCACCAAAGAACGCACUUAAAAAAAAAAACUUAUAAGAAAAUACACUGAUGAAAAGUCUGCAGAUGUUUGACAAAUAUACAUGGUGAAAUUAGAAGUGUUAAUUGAAUGCACACUUCACAAAAAGUCAUUAUUCAAUUUCUUUUUUAAAUCAUUGAAAAAGUGUACAUAUGAGAGGUAACACUUUUGAAACUACUAUGUCUGUUUUUAUUUAUUUAUUUUUAAAUUUUAUAUUACUGAAAAAUAUAUCCUUGUUUUAUUUUUUAAACCUAUCAUAGUUAUAAACUUAAGUUUAAAAUGGUAAUAUCUUUCGGUAAAUUGGAAAUAAAUGCUAUAAGUAAUUUUUUGUAUGAUUACAAUGUUUGAGUUACUACACAAAAUAAUUUUUUAUCGUACAUGUGAGCAACCACGCUGAGGUGAAGUUCUUCUGUGAUUUGUGUUGGACAUAGUCAUAGGUAGCAUGUGCACACGCACACAUUCACUCAUGCAUAAGACAUAAAUUGUGUAUGUUUAAUUUAUUUUGAACUAAUCUGACCCUAUUGCAUUUUGAUUUUAAUAGCCUAUUGAAUCAUUUUAAUUUUUUUGCUCUAGCAAUCAGUAGAUAAGGGGAACUAUUUCCAGUAAUAUCUUGCAAUGACAUUUUUUUUGUGAUACAAUUAUAAAAGUUUAUGAAUUUACAAAUUAAUAAUUUCAUUUCCAAUGGUUGAUAGUUUAGAUUUCACACUUUCAAAGAGUAAUGAGAGAAAUUAAUUUUAAUAUUUGUAGUGUAAAUGAAACUACACUUAUGAUAAUGUUAUGGUGUGGCCACUCAUAGUUUCAAAGAUUUUUUUCGUCAAUGGACCAUUUUUUUAAACACAAUAAAUUAAGGAAAAACAUAAAUUUAUAUCAAUGUUCAACUUUAUAUGAACUUUACUUGUUUUACCUUUGGUUAAAUACCAUCUUGCUAUUAAAACUAAUAAAGUAAAAUAGUUAUAGUUGUUAUGUGUUUUUUUAGUGAGGUUCUAUGUAGAGGUUUGGUGUGUCAAUAAGCAUAAUAUCUGGGUAACUGUAAGCAAUGCAUCAUCCACAAUUUAAGUGUUUUGCAGUGUACACUUCACCGGCAAAAUCAUCUUACUUUGAACGUAUGUUGGUUCAAGAUAUUCUAUUUGUUUAUAGAAAAACAUUGAGAAAUAAAAUACUUUUAAACUAAA